UCGGAUAAUUACAACUAAUCGGAAUGUGAAUGUUCAGUAUUGUUCACCAAUUAUUGGGUUAUAAAUGUUUAAUGUUAAUUUGAGUAUUUUAAGUUCAUUAAUUGUACCAUAACACGUUUACUCCUUUUAUAAAUGAAUAUCUAUUUCGGAGAUACCAGAGCAAUGAUUCUUCCUAGUUUGAAUAGUUUUAUCGAAAGCAUAAAAUAUUUGUCCGAAAAUUCCGCUGACUUCAAGUACAAUGUAAAUGUGGCUGUGCAAUUCAUAACUCAAAUUAUCGAAGAAUUAGAAGCGGACGACAAUGCAACAAUAAAAAUGAAUUCAGAAAAUAAUUUAUGUAGUGUCACCAACUAUCAUAAACGACAAAUAUUGAACAAGGAUCGACAAACGUGCGAACAAAUUAAACAAGGCAUUCAGACAAUGAUUAACAGAAAAAAUCAAGUAGAACGUUAUUUCGAAAUUGUAGAUCGAAAGUUACAAUUUGCAAUUAAAAAAAAAAUAAUGAAAUCGGAAGCUAUUAUUUUGGCGGCAAUGAAAGAACAUGAACAUAAAAUAUUAAACUUGCAGUUGGAUACAAAAAGUUGUUCAUCAAAAAUUGAAUCCAUCAAAAAAAACAACGAGAUGGAAAAGAAUAAACUUAUUCAGCUAAGAAAUUAUUUCAAAACAAAAAAAACACAAUUAAUACGAACGUACGAUUCUGAAAUGAUGGAAAAAUACAGAAAAGUGAACGAAUUAAAUUCAAAAAUAAAAAAUAUUGAAGAAAAUAUAUGUCAAUUACAAGUAUCGAUUUCAGAUCAAGUACCAUUUUAUAAUGAUGUGAUUCGCGAAAAAGAAGAAGAAAACGAUAGAAUAUGGCACGAAAAAUUGUACCAAAUACAACGUAAAAUAGCCGCUCGAAAAAUACAAUUAAAUUUUAGAAGAUACUUAAACUAUAUUAAGACUCGUGAUAUCAAAAAAAAUAAAAAAGGACAGAAAAAGUCUCAAUCAAAAAUGAAAAAUAAUUAAGUACGUAGGUAGGAAUACAUUUGAAAGCUAUGGUUAUGACCCAUAGUUGUUUGAUAUGGAAUACUACGUAUGAGUAUAGCACGGAUUUAUAUGCAUUAAAAACGUAAAAACGUAAUGUACGUACAAAUACAUAACUUUAUAAUACAUGGUGUCCUAA